AUGGAGGACAAUAGGGAUUCGUCCGAUGGUUCGCUGAGUGAGAUAUUGAGAAAGGUCCGCCGCAGGAACCGCGCUAGGCCCAAACGGGAACAGGUGGCCGGCGGCGAGCUUGGGACACCAGCUACCAGCAGCAGCAGGGGCCGCGAUGUCAACUCCUCCAACGCCUCGCUCCCUCACCCUCCAACCCGCAACCCGACCCCCCCGCGUCGCAACAAAGGUCGGCCACAAACUGGAGCUGGUGUUCAGACUCAAGCAGUAAUGGCAGGCCUCGGUCAAGCGCCUGCAUUCGGAGCGCAGGCGCUUUCGACCGACGCGACCAACCGAUCAGUCUCGCCAUUUGGAGCUCCGUUCAAUUCGUCCUCGACCUUUGGCCAGCCACAACAACAGACUUCGGUCUUCGGCGCGCCCGCGCCCGCGACAAAUAAUGCCUUUCAGCAGUCACAGCAACCUCAAGCCUUUGCGUUCCCGAACAACACCACCAAUCCGGCCGCUGGGAACAAUUUCGGUGGCGGCGGAGUCUUUGGUGCCCCGAAUGUCGCGAGCAACGGCGACGUGACCAGCAAUCCGUUCGCGACGGCGACCACGGCGCAAAACCCUUUUGCGAUGCAGACGACGCCGGGCGCGCCAUCAAAUCCCUUCUCCAACACUCCUCCUGCAUCGACGCCGGCCUCCGGGUUUGGAACAUCAUCCAACCCCUUCGCUGCAGCCACAUCGGCCAACAGUUUUGGCGCCCCUUCCAGCACCACGAAUGGAUCAUCAAGCUUGUUUGCGAGGCCAACUGAAACUUCACACCAAGGGCCAGCUCCCUUCGCCGGCGCUGCAGCAAACAGCUCGAAGAGGAAAAAUGGAUUCGGGGACACUGGUGCAAUGAAGCGGCUCGCUUUUGACUCGACGAACUCUUUCCAGAAACCACAGACGGCCUUUGGACCGGGCUCUUCAAGAAAUGAUUCCGUUGGUUUCGGCGUUAAAGAUACCAGGAAGAACCGCAACGGAUUCGCCGACUACCUGAAGGAGAGGGAGGCAAGCGGCCUCGGCCCGAAGACAGCACGAGCGAACAGUUUUGACAUCAACGGCGUCCGGAAAUCCCCAUCCGCGUACGAGAAAGAGAUCCGCGACCAACUACGCAAAGAUAACCUCAACCCUCCAGCAUGGCCUCGACAACCAGGGAACCCCGCAAACAGGCAAGCUAUGGAGGAUCACCGCGAGAAGUACAAGAAAUACGAAGGGCGUGUGCGUUCGUCGUUAAUAAAGGCCGGACUGAUCGACGAUCCCGAAGUGCGCAAAAAGCUAAGCGAUGCCAUCGAUUUCAGGGGUAUUUGUCAGGAUAUGUGUCCCGAAGGCGAGAAGGUGUCGCGCAUAGUCGAGUACGAUGUAAAAGCGGCAGAGAAAACCACGAGUCCUGAUGGCCUCGAAAUGUGGCCGAACCCAGAUCGAAUGAUCAAGUCGUUCAAGCGUUCAGCAGCUGGAACCGACUCGCCUUUGCCAACUGAAGUCCGUUCGCCGGCUGCGUUGAGACGAACGGUCGACUACCUCAUUGACGACUUCUUGAGGUCCGAUGAGAACCUGCCCUCGCAACAUAACUUUCUAUGGGAUCGGACCCGGGCGAUACGAAAAGAUUUCAUUUUUCAGAACGCAAUGUCGGCCGAUGAACGGACGGACCAGAUAUACUGCUUGGAAAACAUCGCCAGGUUCCACGCCGUGGCUCUUCACCUGUUGUCACAAGAGAACUUUGCAGCCGAAGACUUCUCCGAGCAGCAAGAGCGUGAGCAGCUGGGGAAAACGCUGCUUUCGUUGAUGCAGGUGUACGACGAAUGCAAAGACAUGGAGGGCGUGCGCAUGGAGAAUGAGGCUGAGUUUCGAGCGUACUACCUCCUCUUCAACGCCCACGACCCGUUUGUGAUGCAGCAGAUGCAAGAUUGGGACGACAAAUUCUGGUUCAACUCAUCUGAAGUCCAGACCGUCGUCACGCUGAUCGAGGCAAUGCAGAACGUCUGGAACGGGCGUGGUCCGCUAAGGCCUCAGGUUGCCCUUACGACAGGCUCUGCGUCGUUCACUACAUAUUUCUCCAUUGUCGAGGACCGCAAGGUAUCGUACACCAUGGCCUGUUUUGCGGAGAUACAUUUCACCCAGAUUCGUCGCCAAAUGCUGAAGGCCAUACACAAGGCAUAUGGGAGAGUCAGAGAUGGCCCCAAGGACCUCACGGCCAAGGUGCUCAACAGUAUACUUCGAUUUGACACCGAGGAGCAAUGUGUGGCUUUCUUGGAGGAAUUGGAAAUGGAGUUCUCAUCCGAUGGUGCAGAUGAACCCUACCUUGUGGUGGAGCGCAGGAGGAGCAUUCCGGGGAAAACCAUCCGCCAGUCUUUUUCUGGGGUGAUGGUUGAGCGCAAGCGUGGCGGCCGGACGCUGCCAGAAGUCAUCCACAUGACCGUCUUCGAGGAAGCCUCUGCAUCCGCUGAGGAAACUCACAGCCCUGACAGCAUGUUCGUAACGCAGCCUACUGAAUCCCCAGCAUUCGGCACAAGUAGGGAGCAAAAGUCGAACAGCCUUGAGGUCAACUUCUCUGACGAUGACACGCCCUCAUCGUCUCCACAGCCUCCUCUCAAGACACUGUCGCCAUUCCAGAGACCGCCGACGACAAAUGGCUCUGCCACCUCGAAUCUGAACAAAUCAGUUCUGGACUCGGCGCCGGCGAACCCGUUCUCCCAAACACCCAGCAAUUCAUUUUCCCAAGGUUUCAACACGAGCGCUAUCCCUUCAACAGAUAAAUCGGCCUCAAAUGUCAAGCCUUCAACCUUUACUUGGACAUCCAAUGCGCCCACUGACAAUACUCUCAACAAUCCUCCAUCGUCCGAGUCCGUCACAAAGCCUGCGACAGAAAUGCCCAAAUUUUCCUGGUCGACGACCCCUCCUGAUACUACGGCCGAUACCACGACCACUGAGAACGGUUCAGGCUCUGUGUUCGACUUCUUGAAUAAGCCGACAGAAAACAGCAAGGCUACUUUCAUUCCUGAUGCUAGCAUGCCUACCAGCAUAUCUUCCAACUUCUUUCUGCCAUCCACUUCGGCGGGAAACCAGGCCGCCAAAAACGAACAGCAGGCGCCGGUCCCUGAAUCAUCUGAGACAAAGCCCUUAGGCUUAACGCCUACAAUCCCCAGCGAUACGGUUGCUGCGCUGCCAACUAAGUCACUUUUUGAUAUGGUCCCGGCUCAGACGCCUGCAGAACAAUCCGCUGAAGUCUCACAAGCACCGACAUCACCUUUAUUCGCAAAACCAUCCCAAAUGUUCAGUCCAGACCCGCCCACGAGCAGUCCUCUAGCACCCCCACAACCUGCUCCACCCAAAGACCUUAUGGGGGACUUCGCUAAUUGGGUGGUGCUUGGAGACCAUGGUUUGAUGGAAGAUUUCCAAGAGGCUCUCGUCACACACCUGGUUCGUGCCGUCUUUGACCAGCACCAACGGGAGGAAGAAGAACGCAAACAAAAAGAAGAAGAGGAUAGGUCCUGGGCACAAGCUCGGAAGUUCAGGAAAUACAGUCUGAGGGUCCGGUUCUUUUAUCGCUGGCGGGAUAUUGCCAGAAAACUAGCUCUGAAGCGUGUUGGACGCCACAACAGGGCUGCAAUGAAACAGUACAGAGAAAAGAAACUGGCUGAAGCGAAGGCAGCAAAGGCCAAAGCAGAGAAGGACGAGCUUUCUCGUACCAAACGACUUACCGGCCCGUCGUCUUGGCUAGACGAACUGGAAAAGGAUCGAGCUUUGAAGAGGGCCAGGCGAGAAAGCAUGUCACUUGAUACCUCCAGAAGAGCCAGUAUCACCUCAAGCAAUGCAGACGCCCUGCUUGCUACCGGUAUCUUUUCGGGCAUGGAGAAUCAGCGGGAUUUGGCGGCAAAUUGUGUCCGGGACGACGAUUCCCUUUACGACGCACUUGUGGGCGUAACCAUACACCCGAAUACCAGCCAACAAAGCAUGGGCCCUCCAGCCAGGCCUAAAGACCCUCUCCGGUCUGUCCGCGGCGCUGCUGUGAUCAAGCCUCCCCCAAAACCCAAACUCAGCAAGAAGGCCCAGUAUCUUCAGGACUUGAUGAGCGGCAAGCGCCGGGAGGACGACCUUAUCAGCUUCAGAAGCAGCGACUCUUCGCGCAUGGCACGAUCGGUUCCCUCCGGUGGGAAAGUUACCAAUUUCUCUCGGUACCAGUCUUCAUCACCCCGCUCAUCAGCUGAGCCUGAGCGACCCAAGAAUGGGCCGGGCAGCGGCAUCAAGUCAUCAUACUGGCUGCUUCGAAGUCGGGGACUGUUCGCCACGCCCACUGGACAUGUCUUGUCUGACAAGGCUCCCCGUCCAGCCAUGGGGAACACGCACGAUGGUGGCUCCCAGUACUCCGGAGACUCAGAUGCCGGCGACUUCGACGACCGCGUCCUGGAGCAGGAUGGCGCCUACCGUGCAAGCUUGGGGUUGACUGGUUCUCGCCGGAGCACCUUCAGCGUCCCGCAAUCAACCGCAGGAUCUCCCCCACGACACAGUUUCCUGAAAGCGAAACCGUCGAUGGCGAGGCAAUCACUUCCCGCUGGCAUGUCGGCAUCGUUGCUCGCUUCGCAGCCCACAGAUAUCGACGUUGUGUCUCAGACAGGCAGCGCGGUUAGCACCCUGCAACAGGACGCCGAGGAGAGCUUGCGGGAGCUGAAAAGGGUUGCUGCCGAACUGGACAGCGAGACAGAGUGGUAUCGCGAGCAGAACAAGCAAAUGUCUCAGGGUCAACAAGCCUUCGGUGCUUAG